ACUGCUGAUCCUGCUCUGCAAGGAGGUUUGGUUCUUUGUGAGAGCUGUAACAUUUGUAUUGUUAAAGAAAACCUAACCUAACGUACUGCUGAGCCUGUGGUCCGAACCGUCAAGACCAAGAGCCUGGAUCAGAUUUGGUGAGCCAGCCAGAAGGAAAGACCAAGUUCCAGGAAAGAUGGUGGACAGAAGACAUCCAUGAUAAGUAAUGGGGCCGUUUACUUCUGUCCUAUUUUUCUCUAUCCUUAUCCUACUGGAGAUUGCCCACCAGCUUGAAAAUAUGUGUAGUGUGAAUACUGACUUCCAGUUCAUAGGCAAGGGGAGCAAACUUUCUAAUUCCCCUUGACUUCAGAAAGGAGGCAAAGGGACUGUCGGAAGAAUUUUGAAUCUAGCCUCUGUUUAUUCCUUUUCCCUGGUUGAGAGCCAAGUAUGGAGGUAACACCCAGAGAGGCCCUGGGGUCCCAGCAAUGAUUCUGACUCCAGGACUUGGGAGGGCCUUUCAAAACUUGUGCUCUCCUAGCUUUUACUAUUUUCUUUUCUCCUCUAUGGUCCCAAAAUUUUUCUGUUUUCUGCAGACCUCUUCUAGUUCUCUCCCUCUCCUUGAUUGUACAUAUGCUUCGUGUGAAAGUAAGUAGGAAUUAUUCAUAUAUUUAGUUAAUUUUGUAAAAGUAUUCUGGUUUUUUAGAAGUGUGUAUUAGAUGUUUAAGUGGGGCUUUAAAUGUUAUAGGUAUGCUGUAAGGUCCUUUUUAUUGCCUUGCAUUGCAGAACUAAAUUAGAUUGACUUUUUAAUGUGUCUGAGAAAAAAAAAAAGACUGAACUUUGUUAACUAGUCAACUCCAGAUCAAGGGCAAGAUGACUCCCCUCCACAGUUUGCCUGGGCAACCAGAGGCCUGUGAAGAGAAGCCCGGAAUGACUCCCCUAGGUGGGAAUGGUCCCAAACCUUGUCUAGCACUCAUAACCCAGGUAUUUGAUUUCUUCUGGUAUGGGGAUGUUUGGGAGAAUUCUAGGUUUGUCUAGGACUUGGACUACGUGCAAUAACUAAUGGUAAUACAAAGAGUCUCAAUGGGUCUCUCAACUCAACUCUGACUUGUACCUAAUUGAGUAGUGUUGCAAAUCUUUGGGGAAAAAAGGGGGGGUGGUGGUGGUUAAAAGAUGUAGCAUUUAAGCCUGUGGGGAAUUUAGAAAAAGCUUGCACGAAUUCUAUAGUGUUAAAUGUGCAAAUGUUGCAUAACCAUUUUCUCCAGGAUAGGGCUCAUCCCCACUUUGAUUGAUAUUCUGAAGCUAAUGGGGGGAAGGGGCUGAAAGGGGGCAGAAUAUAUGUAUCAGGUGGAACCAAGGCUCCCUGGACCUGAUUUCUUGGAGCUGUGCUGCUGGCACGAUAUAAGCACAGGAGAACCAGCGGGCACUAUGGGCUCCAAUGAUGGGUGGCAUAUUCUCUCGUCAAAAGAACACCCUGCUGGGCUGUAUUCUGGAGCAAUGGGACAUGUUUGAUCCCCAGGCGCUGAAAAAGGAAUGUAUUAAUUUUCUUCUGCACCCAGGCCUGGCAUCAGUAUCAACUCUCCACUGGUGAACAAUGGCCCCAGGGGGUACUCUUAAUUAUAACACCAUUUCCCAACUGGAUGCAUUUUGUAAACAAGAAGAAAAGCAGUCUGAGGUAUCCUAUGUGCAAGUGUUCUUUACCCUCAGAACCAGACCCCCACAAUUGUGUGAGGCCUGUCAAGAACUCUUAAGGGAGAUACCAUUACCACCUAGAUCAAACCCACCAUCUCCUACUCCCACACCUUUCAUGUGUCCAGAAGACCCUGCAAGGAAGGCCAUCCCAAGAGUAUUUCCUGGUCCUGCAGGGGCCCCCAGAAGGCAACCAUAUCCUUCUUUGUGUCCCUUAGUUGAGACUGCUACGGGUGAAAGGGGAACUGCACAAGUAUACACACCAUUUUCUUUAACAGAUUUAAAGCAAAUUAAAGUUGAUUUAGGAAAAUUUUCCGAUGACCCCAAUAAGUACAUAGAUGUUCUCCAGGGGUUAGGACAAAGCUUUGACCUCACUUGGAGGAACAUAAUGUUAUUACUAGAUCAGACAUUAACAUUUAAUGAAAAGAAUGAAGUCCUAGAUGAAGCAAGGAAGUGGGGUAAUUUAUGGUUCAUAUCCAAUACUGAUGGUGGUAUGUCUCCUGGGGAAAGGGACAGAUACCCCAUGGGAAGACAAGCAGUUCCCUUUCAAGAUCCUGAAUGGGACCCUGAAGGGGAAGGUGACUGGUCCCAUAAACACUUCCUAACAUGUAUUCUAGAAGGUUUACGCCAAUCCAAGUAAAAGCCUGUGAAUUAUGCCAAGUUAUCUGCUAUUUGCCAGGAGCAAAAUGAAAGUCCCUCCACCUUUCUUGAGCGGCUUAGGGAGGCAAUGAGAAAACACACCCAAUUGACACCCGACUCCAUAGAGGGCCAAAGUAUUUUAAA